AUAUCCUCACACCAUCACAGUCAAAAAUCUUAACAGUUCACUUCAAGACAGGUUAUCUAUAUUAAUAAUGAGUCAGAUAUCUCAUACUUAUGAUCCACCAUGGAAAUGAUAUUUUCUGCCAUUAAUUACAUAUCUAAACUUUAAAUGUGCCCCCCCAGUAAUUCUAUAUUCACCUAUUCAUUUCCUCCCCUUUUCUAUUCCUUUUAAAUCCCUCCCCCGAGCAUCUUUCCUCCUCCUCCCAUUCGAAUUAAACACAAAGAAGAAAAAGUAGCAUAAACAGAAGAAGAAAAAGAAGAAGAAGAAGAGGAGGAGGAUGGGCGGUGAAGGCAGUGUAGGAGAGAAGAAGGGGAAGCAAUUACUGGAGAGCCUGAAGGAUCCAUCCAGCAUGGUUUUGGUUCAGUUGCUGACAACUGGGAUGUUUCUCUUGUCUAAGGUUGUGCUCAACAAAGGCCACUCUGUCUUCUCUAUUCUCACGUACCGCUGUGUUAUCGGAGCUCUCUUCGUCUUGCCAUUCGCUCUGUUCAACGAAAGAGGAAAGUGGAAGGAAAUAAAUGGGAUGAUUGUCGUUUGGAUCUUCUUCAACGCUUUAAUGGGGCUUACUGGCGCCAUGGGAUUUUACUACUAUGGGCUUUGUGAUACCAAUGCUACUUAUGCUGCUAGUUUCCUGAAUUUAGUGCCAGUAGUCACAUUUUUAUUUGCAGUGAUUGUCAGACUAGAGAGACUGGGGUUUGAUAGUCGAGGAGGAAGAAUAAAAAUUCUGGGCACGAUACUCUGCGUUGGAGGAGCAAUGGUUAUCAGCAUGUAUAAUGGAGUAACCAUUCAUAUAACUUCUCCAAAAUGGGAAAUUAGUAACCCUAAGAAAGCGUUCGGGGACGUCAGCAGUCACAAAGUUCGUGGGACUUUGUUCUUGAUUUCUAGCUGCUUCUGCUUCUCCACUUGGGCUAUAGUUCAGGCGAAAUUGCUGCAACGAUAUCCCUACAAGUAUUGUGCAACUAUGUACACGUGCGUUGCUGCAAGUUUUCAAUCUGCAGUUUUGGGUUUUAUUCUGAAUCAUAAGAGAAGCAAAUGGAUAUUGAAAUGGGAUUUAGAGUUGUUGCUCGUAGUAUACUCUGGAGCACUGAAUACGGGAGCUGUAUUUUGCUUGAUUUCAUGGGUUGUUCCUCGUAAGGGUCCUUCCUAUGCAACCAUGUUUAAUGCUCUGUCACUCAUACUUACCACUAUUUUAGAAGCGGUUUUCAUGAUUGGAGAUGUCAAAGUCGGGAGCCUGAUAGGUAUAACUCUUAUCAUUGUUGGACUUUAUGCUUAUCUGUGGGGCAGAGGGCAUCAGCUGCCAUCAAAGCAGAUUAGUGAUGAAGAAACAAUAAUUAGAGCGUCGACAUCUCAGCGAGUAGAAGAGAUAGAUGUGUAUUGCAGUCAAGAUAUUGAGAGUCUGGAAGCAGUCCAAUAUCAGAACGGCAGAUGAUAUGAUCAUGUAAUUGAGUCAUUAAGUCGUGUCAAUUAAUGAUAAUUUUGGGUUUGUACAGUACUAAGCUCUUCAGGCUUAGAAUUAAGAAGAAGUCGGAGUAGGCUUCUUUUCAAUAGAAGAAAUGUCGCCCAAAUCUCAUUAUAUGCAAUGAAAUCGGUCUUUGUAGUUUUCGGA